ACCUCCCCUUUGAACUGCUCCGGGAACUCAGUGCUCUCGCGCACGCCUCUGGUUCAGCUUCUCCCGCCCUCCCAGAUCAAAACCGAGAAACGAAACUGCGCUGGAUUCCAUGCAGCAGGAACCGGCACCCGCCCGAUCUCCGGGGCCCCAGCAGAACCCCGUACUGCCCCAGGCCCCCACCAUGCCGCCCCCGGCCCCCACCGAAGGACACCAGCCCAGCCCCAGCCCCAGCCCCACAGAGCAAGCCAUGGAAGAAGAGUUCCAGUUCUUGCGCUGCCAGGGCUGCCGGAAGGAAGCCAAAUGCCCCAAGCUGCUACCUUGUCUGCACACGCUGUGUUCAGGAUGCCUGCCGCAGCCGGGCUUGCAGUGCCCCAUCUGCCAGGCACCCUGGCCCCAAGGCGCUGACACGCAGGCCCUGGAUAACGUCUUCUUCGAGAGCCUGCAGCGGCGCCUGUCCGUGUACCGGCAGAUCAUGGAUUCGCAGGCGCUUUGCACCCGCUGCAAAGAACCAGCCAACUACUGGUGCUUUGAGUGUGAGCAGCUCCUCUGCGCCAAGUGUGUCGAGGCGCAUCAGUGGUUCCUCAAGCACGAGGCCAGGCCGCUGGCCGAGCUCCGCAGCCAGUCGGUCGGCGAGUUCCUGGACUGCACGCGCAAGUCAAACAACAUCUUCUGCUCCAACCCCAACCACCGCAGCCCUGCGCUGACUAGCAUCUACUGCCGAGGCUGUUCCAAGCCGCUGUGCUGUUCCUGCGCACUCCUGGAUACCAGCCACAGCGAGCUUAAGUGUGACAUUGGCAUGGAGAUCCAGCAGCGGCAGGAGGAGCUGGACACCAUGACGCAGGCGCUGCAGGAGCAGGAUCACGCUUUUGGCGCGGCGCAAGCGCAGAUGCGCUCGGCUGUCAGCCAGCUGGGCCGCGUGCGCACCGACACCGAGGAGCUUAUCCACGCGCGUGUGCGCCAGGUAGUAGCGCACGUGCUGGCUCAGGAGCAGGAGCUGCUGGAAGGGGUGAACGCGCGGUAUCAGCGCGACUACGAAGAGAUAGCAAGCCAGCUGAGCCGCCUGGACGCUGUGCUGCAGCGCAUCCGCGUGGGCAGCGCCCUUGUGCAGAGGAUGAAGCGCUAUGCCUCGGACCAGGAGGUGCUGGACAUGCACAGCUUCCUGCGCCAGGCGCUCCACAGCCUGAGCCAGGAGGAGCCCCAGAAGCUGAGAGCCGCCGUGCGCACCGAUAGCUUCGACGAAUUCAAGGUGCGCCUGCAGGACCUCGUCUCUUGCAUCACCCAGGGCACAGAUGCAGCUGUAUCCAGGAGAGCCAGCCCGGAGGCCACCAGCACACCCAGAGACACUUCUGAUGUUGACCUGCCAGAGGAGGUGCAGAGGGCCCAAGGGCAGACCCCGGAAUUGGCUGUAGUCCAGCCGGUGCCGGGGGCACACCCUGUGCCAGUGUAUGCCUACUCCAUCAAAGACCCCUCGUGCAGAGAGGAGAGCUCCAGCACAGCCACACCACAGAAGAGGAAGUCCUGCCAAACUGAGGCCCCCAGGAAGGUCAUCAAGAUGGAGUCAGAAGUGGAGGAGGAGAGGGCUCGGAACUCCCCCGAGCAGCCCAGGCCCAGCACCUCUAAGGCAGUCUCACCACCCCACCUGGACGGGCCCCUCAGCCCCAAGAGCCCCACCAAAGGAAAUGAGCUCUUCUGGCCUGACAGCAACCACGUGACUGGCAACAACCCCGGGGAGGCAGAGGAGCGCGUCGUGGUGAUCAGCAGCUCAGAAGACUCAGAUGCUGAAAACUCGUCCUCCCAAGAGCAGGACAACAGCAGCAGCGAGGCCAGUGACCUCCAGCUGGAGGGCCCCAGCUCCCUCGGGGUCCUGGACGAGAGCCUCAUCAACUCCGGAGCAGAAGACAGGCCCCUGGUUUUCUUUGACCUCAAGAUUGACAGUGAAACCCAGAAAAUUAGCCAGCUGGCGGCCGUGAACCAAGAAAGCCAGUUCCGCAUGCUCAUCCAGCCCGAAGCCUUCACCAUCCGUUCCAAGGCUGUCUCCCUGGAGGUGGGGCUGCAGCACUUCCUGCACUUCCUGGGCAACAUGCGCCAACCCAUCCUCGCCUGCUAUAAGCUGUGGGGGCCUGGCCUCCCCAGCCUCUUCCGGGCCCUGGAGGACAUGAACAGGCUGCAGGAGUUCCGGAAGGCCAUCUCUGGCUUCCUGGCCAUCCUGCCCCUCAUCCGGGAGUGCGUGCCUGGGGCCAGCAGCUUCAAACUCAAGAAUCUGGCCGAGACCUACCUGGCAAGAAACAUGAACGAGACGCGCAGUGCCCUGGCAUCCGUGGUGACCAUGCGUGACCUGUGCCGCCUCCUCGAGGUGACCCCGGGCCCCCAGCUGGGCCCGCACAUCCACUCCUUCAGCUGCCUGCAGUGCUUCUCAUCUCUGCAGCCUCUGGUGCGGGCAGCCGUCCUGCCCCGGGCCAAGGCCCGCUUGCUGGCCCUCCACAAGGUCAGCUUCCUGGAGCUGGUGACUGCACAUCAUCAUGACCCACAAGAGGGCCUGAAGAAGUACAACUGCUUCCUGAGCCCUCAGAGUCCCUCAUCGCCCCCCACCCAGUCUGCUUUCAACCUGCAGGCUCUGGGCACCUACUUCGACAAAGGCCUGCGGGAGGGGCUGGCCUCCACGAAGGCAGAAGGCAGCUCCAGCCUCCUCACUGACCACAGCUUGGUGGAAAGGGCUUCCCAGGAGAGCUGAGAGGACUGGACGACUGGCUUGGCUUUCUGUGGAUGGAGAGGGAUGGGGCCACUGAGGCAGGCCUUCCCCUCACAGCAUUCCAGGUACCCCCGGUCAUUUGGUCUAGAAUCAGUUCUCCUUCUCUGGGACCAGAUUCCCCUCCUGUUAAAAACCCCACAGUUUUUUUCCAGUUGUGGCUCACCGGUAAUGAACCCGACUAGUAUUCAUGAGAAGGUGAGUUCUAUCCCUGGCCUCGCUCAGUGGGUUAAGGAUCCCAUGUUGCCAUGAGCUGUGGUGUAGGCUGCAGAUGUGGUCGGGAUCUGGCAUUGCUAUGGCUGUGGUGUAGGCCGGUAGCUGAAGCUCCAAUUUGACUCUUAACCAGGGAAAUGCUAUAUGCAUGGGUGUGGCCCUAAAAAGACAAGAAAAAAAAUAACAACCCUACAGAGAAGGUUCCAAGCCCAAGCAGCCACUCAUCAAGAGGCCACCAGAUCAGCUUGGGCCCUGGAAGCAUCGGUGAGUGAGCUGACUGGACCCCUGGCUCUGCCCCUACAACAGCCUUCCCAGGUGAAGAAGGUGUGGCCUCUGGUUAAGUGGCCCCCAUCCUGCCCCAGCCACUGAACCUCCAUUCCCACAAGUGUUCUGGCCAUAGCCCCAGGGGACCUGCUGACAGCACCCACAGACACGACCUGCAACACCAGUGGCACCCAGGAUCAGCCCCACCUGGGUACGGAAGUGCUUUUCAAACCAGACCACCCUUGGAGUUCCCGUUGUGGCUCAGUGGUCAACGAAUCUGACUAGGAACCAUGAGGUUGCAGGUUCCAUCCCUGGCCUCGCUCAGUUGGUUAAGGAUCCGGCGUUGCCAUGAGCCGUGGUGUAGGUUGCAGACGCGACUCAGAUCCUGAGUUGCUGUGGCACUGGCGUAGGCCAGCAGCUUCAGCUCCGAUUAGACCCCUAGCCUGGGAACCUCCAUAUGCUGCAGGAGCGGCCCUAGAAAUAGCAAAAAGACAAACAAACAAACAAAAAAACAGACCACCCUUCAUGGGCUAGGUUCUGCCUGCCUGGGGGCAGUUCUGUUCAUCUCCCCUUUGGAGCAUUUUCACUCCCAAAGGGCCUCCUCUCAGCAGAGACAGGGGGUGCUGCUCCAUGCCUGUCCCUGCUUCCAGACUGGGACCCUUCCAAGCCUUCUUCCCUCCUCCUGGCCACAUCAACGCCUCCCUUUAGUUGAGACUUUGCCUUUGGUCCUCAGGCACCAGCCCCUCUCAACAAAGCCCUGUGCACUCCCUGCACUGCCUGCCCAGCUCCACCAAGGAGUGGCCUGCAGCCCAACACUACUCUCUGCACAGAGCCCAGGCCCCCUCUGCAUCUCAUCAGAAUCUCUGGGGUGGGCCCCAGCAAGCUGUUUUAGCAGGUUCUCCAGGUGACUCUGGUGGCUGCCAAGUUUCAGAACCACUGCUCUGACAGACUGCUCCUCCGAGGCAAGGCAGUGUGGAGCAACGAAGAAAGUCCUAGCCUUGGCCCUGCUGAAGGUCACCCAGGAAAGGGCCCCUUUCUGAACUCCCCCAUGGUCACCUAUAAAAUGGGUUGGUCAGCCCCCAUGGUCCCAGAACUCUCAUCCAGCUCUGCCAUUCUGUGGUUUUAGGAGAGAACAGCAGGCCUCUGAAGAAGGGGUCAGGGAGUUUUCAUUCUUUCCUUUUUUUUUUUUCAGGGCCUCACCUGCGGCAUAAGGAGGUUCCCAGGCUGGGGACCGCUGGCCUACACCACAGCCACAGUAACACGGGAUCCGAGCUGCAUCUGCGACCUACACCACAGCUCACGGCAGUGCUGGAUCCUUAACCCACUGAGCAUGGUCGGGGAUCGAACCUGCGUCCUCAUGGAUGCAGUCAGAUUCAUUUCCGCUGAGCCACGACGGGAACUCCAGUUUUCAUUCUUGAACCCUUGGCCUCAGCCCUAAGCUAAGGUCCUUAAACCUGUGGUCCCACUGGAGGUCAGCAGCAGAAUACAGGCAGGUUUGGCUAGCAGAACCCCUGUCCUCCCCCCCCCCCCCAUCUCUCUUCCUCAGUUCCCUGAUCCUGGGAUACCUCCUAGAUGUAGCCCAGGCCUCCCACCUCCGUGGCCUCUGCUUUCACAUGGGUGAAGUCUGUGUGCCCACACCCCCAGCCUUGUCCAGCAGGUGCCCUAAAGACCCACUAAGGGAUCACAUAGGAACUUGCUGCCAUGUGAGUGUGCUGGCUCUAACUCUGAGGCAUUUAAAAUAAGAUUCUGAUUGAAAGUAGGCCCUGGCUCUGAAACUCAGUAAGAACCGGCUGGUUGGUGAGGGGAGGAGGCGGCUGGACCUUCAGUCUGGCUGUGAUGACCAUCUUGGCAGCGGCAAGGCAGUGCUUGGGCCUCUCCUCCCAGCAUCUUCCCCUCAGCCCCACCCAGGACACUGAUUUCCAGCUCCAAGCCCAGGCCCGCAGUGCUUUCUCUCUUCCUAGGGAGUUGAUCACAGGUUUUAUAGCAAAGGGCUGUCCUGUCCUCUUUCCACUGUCACAGCCUUUAAUAAAGAUGCGAAUCUUCAAAGCCUGAUCCACCAGUCGCAAAUGCUACUCAGCCCACCCAGGAGCCACUAAGCAGCUCCUUGCCUGGUGAAGAGGGGACUUGCUGGCACAGCUGUUCUUUGUGGGGGUCUUUCAGGACUCAGCUGAGAGCCCCUCAUUGCUUGGUGCUGAAGGCCUUAAGGAUAUGAACCCCCAUUCCAAGUGGGGAGACCAGGGCAGGCCGGCCUGGGAUCAUCUCCAAAGUGGGGGAGCCAUGUGGAGGGAACAAAGGACCAGCUUUAAGAACUACCUGCUAUUGUGGGAUGGAAAUCCUGCGAAAUUGGAUUGUGAUGAUCAUUAUACAACUACAGAUGUGAUAAAUUCACUGAGUAAUAAUUAAAAAACAAAAAAAACCCUACCUGCUAGAGGAGUCAAGGACCAGAGACCAAGGACUGUAGGAACUUUACUUCUGCCUCCUGCUGGGCAGUCUUGUACCCUGGAUGUCACAGCUGGAGUUCUCAUUAGUACCUGCAAGGAGUUCCCUGGCACCAGCAGUGAAGGAAUCAGUGCCAUCCAUCCCCUCCACCUCCCAGCCUGGGUGAGGAGCCAGGUUAUGUGACUUGAUCAGUGCCACUAUCCUCAACCCCACCUACCUAUCCUGGAUGCCCAAAUUCCAGUCCUGGAGUGGUCUCUGGUUACAGAUCCAAACAUAAUUCCUGGGCUUCAUCUUUGAAUUCCAUCUCAGGUUCAUCCAUGUCAAAUAACCACACACUCACUGGGCUAGAAGUCAGGACACUGAGUUUCAGUCCUUGUUCAGUUGCCUCUGACUCCAGUCUGGUGCAUCAAACUCGCUGAUGCUCAGGCUCAGGGAUAAUAUGGGUCAUUUUUACCUCUUAGGCUCUUGUGCGAACCGAUAAGAAGAUGUGUGUGAAAAUAGCCUUUUAAUAUAUGAAGAACCAUACCAAUGUAUGAUCUUAUUUUACAGCUCCAAGAUGAGUGUUCUGGCUUUACAAGUUAAAGAAAAAUAAACAGAUAUUGGAUCUUAGUAAACAAA